AUGGCUCCUACAGAAGCCGAGCUCCUUGCCAACUACCUCAUCCAGCCAUCCACUCUGACCGCUAUCAUAACACUCGAGCAGUUCAAGGCUCUUUUCCCACGGCCGCUGCAGCCAUCACCGCAAGUUCGAUUGCUAUUCCGAGACCUACAAUCGCAGCGCACAGAUCUUCUCGAUGAGGUAGCCGAAAACAUCGCUGAUGAAGCGAAACGGGGAAUCACAAUCCGUCGAGAAGUCGUGCGGGCUAAGCGAGAGGCCGAGCGAGAGGAUAUAGAUGCGGAGAUCGAGAUGGAGCGUGCAUUAUUUGGUGAUGCGUCAGGCGCAGCAAGUGCGAAACAUACACUCAACUCUGUUAUUCCUGAACUAGAGGGAGCAGCGGGCGCCCUCGAAGCUGAAAUUGAAAAGUUGAGAGAGGAAGAGGCAGCGUUGCUCGAGUCUGCGCAGCAGACUAUAGGGGCAUUGAGCGAUCUACGAUAUGGCAAAUUUGCCAAUGGCCAAAUAAGUGAGGAAAUUAUUAAUAGUCUUAAGACCGUGGAAGCAGCUUGCGAGAACAAAUCAUGA